AUGACAAUACGUUGCCGGUGGUGCGGUGUGCGCGAAUUCGUGUUCCGCGAUGAUCCGGUGAGGCAAUUCGUCGAUUUCGUUACGAGAACGACAAAAUGUUACAAGCAAAUUAUCUGCAUCGCGCACAACGCCAAGGCGUCUGACGCGCAGAUCAUUCUUUGUUACAUCACGGAAAACCGUGUCGAUUUGGAUCCACGAGUAAUAUUAAACGGGACGAAGAUCGUCGUAUUAACGGCCGGGCGUACGAAAUUUAUUGACAGUGUCAACUAUAUGCCAAUGCGUUUGUCAGCUUUGCCGAAAGUUUUCGGUUUGCGGGGUGGGGUGGAAAAGGGAUAUUUUCCGCAUUUAUUUAACACUCUCGCGAAUCAGUCGUACGUCGGUCCGUUACCAGCCGUUGAAUAUUACUCGCCGGAUAGUAUGUCUAGCGAAGAACGCGAACGUUUUCUGUCAUGGCACGCGAAACAGAUGCGCAAAAUCGCAGGUUUUGGCUUUCAACGCGAGAUAGUGCGUUAUUGUCGUAACGACGUUGAUAUCUUGCGGCGAGCGUGCAUGACCUUCCGCAAGAUAUUCCUCGAGCGCGGAAACGUAUGUCCGUUCAAAGAAUGCACGACCAUCGCUUCCACAUGUAUGCGCGUUUUCCGCAAAAACUUUUUACGUGAGAAAGAAAUCGGCGUCAUUCCUUGCGGCGGAUAUUGUCUCGCGGAUAUGCAAUCCCGCAAAGCUCUGCAGUGGCUGAUGUGGAAGAAGCGCGAGCUCGACCGCAUCAUUGUUCACGCGGGUCACGAGCGAGAACAUCGUUUAGCGGAAGUCGGAGGAAUUCCCGUCGGGUAUUACGAGACGGCGCACGGUGAGCGUCACGUGUUGCAAUACCACGGCUGCUUUUGGCACGGGUGUCCCGUGUGUUUUAAAACGGAACGCGACAAACGUCUCUGCACGGGGGAACGCAAAGUAUACGACACGAUGAACUCGCGAUAGGAGCGUACACUGACAACAUCAUGGCGUCGUCGCAAACGAGGGUACAUCGUGACGGAGAAAUGGGAGUGUGCUUUUGAUCGCGAUACGCGGGAAAAUCGCGAAAUGCAAGCGUUUUUAGACCAACAUCCGAUGCUCGCGGCUGAACCACUUUCACCGCGUGACGCGAUUUUCGGCGGUCAAACGGGAAACAUCGCGAUUCGGCGCGAAGUUACGGGUACGGAGAAGAUACGUUACGUAGACGUGUGUUCUCUAUACUCUUACGUGUUGAAAACCGGCGCUUUUCCAAUUGGACAUCCGAAAAUUCUUGUCGGAGAAAAAGAGUGCGUUUCGCUUAUCGGGGCGAUGCCCGGUGUCGAUUUUUCCGCGGUCGAGGGGCUUGUGCGUUGUAGAGUGCUCCCUCUGCGCAAUCUCUUUUACCCUGUACUCCCGUACCGUGUGCAGGGCAAACUACUGUUUGCCUUGUGCCGCAGUUGCUGCGAAAACUUCUCGCAGACUCAGUGCUCGCACGAAAACCCGCGCAAUCGUGAAUUCGAAGGCGUGUGGGUAUCGUGUGAAUUACGCAAAGCUGUGGAGAAGGGUUAUCUCGUGACUGCAGUGAGCGAGAUAUAG